CUGGUGGAGUGGUAUUGUGCCGCACACUAACACAGGACAAGAAAGGGGAGCUCAAACAACCUGUCAACAACAAUAUGCAUUACGGAAAUACUCAUUGGUAAAAGCAAUGUGUGCAGUAAUAUAUGUAAAAAAGUAGUGUAGAAAACAAAUGAGUGCGAAUAUGGCGUCAAUAAUUCCACCUGUUACGAAGUUGUCUUCGAGGAUAAUUAGAAUAUUAGGAUGCAAUCCAGGACGAAUGACAUUGCAAGGCACUAAUACAUACGUUAUUGGCACAGGAAAGAGAAGAAUUCUAAUUGAUGCAGGGGAUUCAGAUGUACCUCAAUACAUUCAGAAUUUGAAGACUGUUGUAUCUGAUGAAAAUAUAGAUUUAGAGCACAUAAUUGUAACGCACUGGCACCAUGACCACAUUGGAGGUGUCAAAGAUGUGGUCAAAAACGUUUCUAAUUGCAAUGUUUGGAAGCUGCCACGAUCUGAACAAGACAAUUCCGAUGAACCUCUUCCAGACAAUAUACAAGUGAAAUACUUAAAACCAGGGGAUGAAUUCAAAACAGAAGGAGCAACAUUAAGGAUAGUACACACUCCAGGCCACACAACAGACCAUAUCAUUCUUUGGCUUGAAGAAGAGAAAGCUAUAUUUAGUGGCGAUUGCAUAUUGGGAGAAGGAACAGCUGUUUUUGAAGAUCUCCAUGAUUAUAUGGCCUCUUUACAAAAUAUAUUGAAACUUAACCCAAAUAUUCUCUAUCCAGGGCAUGGCCCAGUUGUAUCACUAUUCUUCUGUCCUUGGCAGGAUCCAAUGCCUAAAAUUGAGUAUUACAUACAUCAUAGAAAUAACAGGGAAAAACAAAUUCUGGAUGUGCUACAAAGAGAACCUAACAGGAAAUUUACUGAAAUGGACAUUGUCAAAAUUAUAUAUACGGACACACCAGAGGACUUACAUUUGGCUGCUGCUGUAAAUGUGGGUCAUCACUUGCAAAAACUCUUUAAAGAUAAAAAAGUUAUUUCCACAGGUACUAAGUGGCAGUGGAUCACAAAUCCAUCAUCAUCUUUAUAACACUUCCUAGCUGAAUUGUAAAUUUAAUUUCCUACUUGGAAAAGUAUGAAGUUUGUAAUCAUUAUAUCUGAUGAAUAUAUCACCUACUGUGGAUAAGAAAAUAUGAAUAAACUGCAUCAAACUUUGAUUUGUUUCAAAUUACAUUUCGUCAAUCUGUAAAAAAAUAAAAUAAAAUAAA